AUGAUCACCAAAGUGGAUGAAUGGAUGAGUCCUAGGCAAAUGAACCUGGCUCAUUAUAAGACAAGGGAUAGGAGUCGUUUUCAACCACUCUGUCUUAUGGUGAGCAAGGCGGUAGAAGAGGCAGGGAUUCGCGUGGAUAACUGCACGAUCAAUUCUAAGCGGUACUUGAAGUUUUUGGAGGUGAUGAUUGACGAUAGGCUGAUCUUCGUUAACCACGUCGACUAUGCCUGCAAGAAAGCUUCAACAGCUGUUACGAUCGACACAAACAAAGACGGCUUCAUCGAACUAAAGGAACUGAAAGACGCCCUCGACCAGGUUGGUUUCAAACUGCCCGGCUACCAGGUCCGAUUAAUGAUCGACGAGUACAGCAACAAACAACGCUCACACAAUGUCGGCAAGCUCUCCUACGACGAGUUUGAAGCCCUGUGCAUGGACCUCAAAGCCAAGGAUGUGGCGAGCACUUUCAAAACGGCCGUAUCCAAAAAAGAAAACCUGGAAACCCUUGGCGGUAUGUCGGACUCGUCGGCCGCCGGUACGACACAUUCGGUGCGCAUCGAAGAACAGUUGGCCUUCAGCGAUUGGAUCAACUCCAACCUGGGCUACGAUCAGGAUUUAAAGCACUUGCUCCCGCUGGAUCCGGAGGGUAAGCAGCUUUACGACAAAAUCAAAGAUGGUAUCCUGCUGUGCAAAAUUAUCAACCACUCGUGCCCGGACACUAUCGACGAGCGAGCCAUCAACAAGAAGAACCUCACUGUAUACACCAAAUUCGAAAAUCUUACGUUGGCCCUGGUGUCGUCACAGGCCAUCGGAUGUAACAUUGUCAAUAUUGACGCACACGACCUGGCCAAGGGCAAACCUCAUCUAGUGUUGGGUCUGCUCUGGCAAAUCAUCCGCAUCGGUCUCUUCAGCCAUAUUACAUUAGACAGUUGUCCGGGACUGGCCACCCUGUUGGCGGAUGGCGAACGCUUGGAAGAUCUCAUGAAGCUCUCCCCAGAAGCCAUUCUCCUUCGGUGGGUCAACCAUCACCUCGAGCGAGCUGGUAUCGCUCGACGUUGUACCAAUUUCCAGAGUGACAUCUCCGAUUCGGAGGUUUACAGCUAUCUGUUGAAUCAGAUAGGUCCCAAAGAUGCCGGAGUCACGCUGGAAGCACUCAGGGAGCACAAUACUUUAAAUCGUGCAGAAGUGAUGUUGCAACAGGCAGCCAAACUGAACUGUCGAUCGUUCGUAACACCACAAGAUGUUGUUAAUGGUGUCUACAAGCUGAACUUGGCGUUUGUCGCUAAUUUGUUCAAUAACCACCCCGGUCUGGAUCAGCCGGAUGAAAUCGAAGGCCUAGAAUCCAUCGAAGAAACCCGCGAGGAGAAGACCUACCGUAACUGGAUGAACUCCAUGGGUGUGAAACCGCAUGUAAACUGGCUCUACUCAGACCUAGCCGACGGGCUCAUCAUCUUCCAACUGUUCGACAUCAUUCAACCCGGUAUUGUUAACUGGAAAAAGGUACACCAGAAGUUUACCCCGCUGCGCAAAUUUAUGGAAAAGCUGGAAAAUUGCAACUACGCGGUAGAGUUGGGCAAACAGCUUAAAUUCUCGCUGGUCGGUAUUGCCGGACAGGAUUUGAGCGACGGAAAUGCCACUCUGACACUUGCACUUAUCUGGCAAUUGAUGCGAGCAUACACUCUGUCCAUCCUAUCACGCCUGGCCAACACCGGCAAUCCGAUCAUCGAGCGGGAAAUCGUCCAGUGGGUGAACACCAAGUUGAAAAACGCCGGCAAGAGCACGAGUCUGCGAAACUUCCAGGACUCUUCGAUUGCGGACGGCAAGGUCGUUAUUGACCUUAUCGAUUCCAUCAAGCCGGGCAGCAUCAACUACGAUAACGUCAAGGAAGGCGGAAAUGCGGAGGAAAACCUUGAAAACGCCAAGUACGCUGUCUCGAUGGCGCGCAAGAUCGGCGCCCGGGUGUACGCCUUGCCGGAGGACAUUGCCGAGGUGAAACCGAAGAUGAUCAUGACCGUGUUCGCGUGCCUGAUGGCCAUGGACUACGUGCCGAACAUGGAUAGUGUUAAAAAUGGCACGACUGCCACGCCGGUUGUGGUGGCGGCGGUCACAGCACCGGAACCGGUUACCAAGGUGGAAGUAGUCGAACCAGUUACGACGAAAGCAAUCGAAGUGGUAACUAACGGAGGGGGUGACAGUAAUGGGGUUAUUAUCACGACCAACGGAAACGGUGCAAUCGAAGACGGAACGGAAACGACGACGACGACGACCGUGGAAGGUGUUGUGGACGAGUUCGCCGAUUAAAUCAUCCGCGUUGAAGCUAAGUAUGUAGGGUUUUGCGUAGUGCGCAUAUUAGUCACAAUACAUUUGUAAAGGACGAUGGGAGCGGGCGGGGGUUUCAUACCGACUCGGGCGCGGGUUUGUAGCUAGGACCAUAAACUAUAUUGUUUAGUUUUUAGAUGAAAUUUAUUUUCAAUGCGAAUUGUUUGUUUCUUUCCAAACAAGGGUCUCAGUUGCCGCCAUCAAAUGAUUGAACGAUUGAACAUUUUACAUGUUGUAUGACUGGAAUGUUCGAGGGUGUAUUUUUCUCAAAACAGCGCUCAUUCGUCAGUUUGAGAUGAUGAUGCCGACAUUGUUGUUGGUGAUGAUGAGAUCCCCAAAGGUUUAUACAAAUAGGUGUUCCAGCAAAGACAAGAGCAGAAUUUAUAAGGAAUUACAGAAUCAGCGAUUUGAUAGUUUGCUUUGUCGCAUCUGUAUCGAUUGUUUACAAAUAAUAUGACGACAUUAACGACAUAAAUAAUGCUAUGUUGUGAAGAUGUUUCAGUAACGUUCUCAUCGUUCUGGAGCCUAAUUGUAUAGGUUGAAACACCUAUCUUUAUAAGUUUUUGUUUUGCCAAGAGAUUAAGCUAACUGACUCAGUUGUUAUGAGCACACUGAUCGAAAAAUGCCAAUAAAUUCAGUUUGUUAAUAACGUUUUCUUGAGAAGAAAACCUUUGUCAAACACAAAUUUGAGUUCUUUAUAACCAUGAUGAAACUUUAUUUUCUAUCUACUUUGUAUUUAUAUAUAAAAUAUUGACUAUCGUAUCAAACACAUGUAUUAUAUUUUAAAAAUAAUCGGCAAAAUAAUAAAAUUAAAUCCUGCAUCCACUUGCGAAGAGGAGUAAAUUUGUUGAUUUUUGCACUUAACAAUGUAUUGAGGAAACAGAAUAACUAUACAUUUAAGUUUUGUCGUUUGAGCUUUGUAACAUCUUUCUUCCCUACGUACGUACGUAUAAAUUAUUAGGCAAACAGCGUGCCAAAAUUAAGAUAAAUUUGUUUUCGAUCGCGAAUUUGAUUGAGAUUUGAAAAAAUGAAGCAUGAAAGUAUACUGAAAGGGAGUGUGGUUGUGUUCAGGCGAAUGCCACAAAACAAUAAAUCCAAGCUAUUGUAUGUGAAAGUUGUGACACCCUAUGUUUAUUCUCUUGGCCUUUGAUCACUUACUAUACUAUUCAUGAAAUUGCGUUAGAACAGAACAAAAUGCUAUUAAAUGUAUUAUUGAAUCAUACAUCUCUACUAAAUCAAAUCGGGAUUAUCUGCUGCUAUCCCAGCAAUAAAGUCGUACUAUAAUUAUAUCAAAAUAUCAUUUCCAAAAACGUAUUCAGUAAUAACAGUCGUGUUUCUUUGUCUUGCUUCUAUGCCAUCAAUGUUUGUUACGCUAUUAAUGAGUGCAUUUUGAUCUACACAUUAGCAGAACGUAUCAUAUUUUCUUCAUUGGUUGCGAAGAAUGCCGUCUCCUUAAUUUUUUGCUCUGUUUGUAAAUCAAAUUUAUCUUAUAGGUGUAACCUAUUAGCAAGUAGAAUUCCUUCGUAUUAAGAUAUAGCUAAGCAACAAGUGAAUAGAAAGACAACAUUUUAAACACCACCUUAACAGCGCAAGUUAAACGAAUUGAACUAAUCAAUUAGAUAUACAAACAAACAAACAAACAACGUUUGCAAAUUAUACCAACGGUAACAAAUAAUUAAAAAAAGCUAUUAACAACCGUAGACAGUAAACAGCAUUUUGGAAUUGAAGUUUUAUUGCAUUUUAUGACGCAUUGUGGUAGGCUGCGAGUGGUUUUUGAGCUACGCACUAUACGCAUUGUGAAGCCCACCUAAGCCACAUGACGGCCAUGAUGCGGCGUGCACCUAAUGUAGUAAGUACAGACAACUAUUAUACAUUAUAACAGCUAGUUUAUUGGCUAAAACCGUAAAACAAACGUAACUCUAUGAAAUAGGUUAACUACCGCAACAUGCUAAACCGUGAAUAAAUUCAGUAAAUAAUA